GUAAUUGCAAUUUCUACGACCAAUAUAAUUUUACCGAAAUUUUCGACGCAAUUUCUUAUUUUCCUUUUUUGAAGUUCGAUUCCAUCACCAAAUUGUUCCCGUUAAGGAAACUAGCGGCACGGGAGCCCAUCUGGGCUCACGCCGCUAGCACAGGCUACGAUAUGAACUCUAUGAUGUCAGUGUUUUUUCGAAGAGGUCGAAAAAUCUUUGAAAAUGUGUUCAAACGGAACACUCCAAAAGUUGUUGAACGCACAGCAAUCACAAGACUUAAUACUGUCGGAAGAGAAAGGCAAUUUUUACUUCACCGACUCUUUCCAAAGAAGUUUUCUAAUAGUCCUGUUGUCCAACUAAGUCGGACAGCGUUUUGGUCCAACCCACGGAAAGGCAAUGUCCUGCUCUUUGCCUUGACAGGGAUUGUUAUUGCACAGAAAUCAGAAGAUGACAAUGUGCUGUCUGAAAUACAGGCAUUUGGAAAGUGUGGGCAUAAUGAGGCAGAGCCCAGUCUCUCCUUGCUGGUUAAGGAUCUUUCUCUGGACAGUUUUGAGAUUGGGCGAAACAUUGGUCAGGGCUGCAAUGCUGUUGUGUACGAGGCAUCCUGGAAAACAGAUCUUCUUUCAGGGAGUCGUGAUGAUGACUUGGUAUCUGAGGCUGACAGUGAGGUCACUGUUCUGUCAGUGGAGGAGAUGUCUCAUGAUGACCAACCACCAGCAGUCUUCACAGUGGAGACUGUUCCAGAUGAAGAUGAUAUCAUGAGUGUCACAGAGAGUUUGGACAGUGACAUUUCUGUCCUUGAAUUGGAGGAUGGAGAAGACUGGCUGCAAGUUAAUACAACUUCACUCACAAUGUCAGAUCAUGCUGUGGAUUGGACAAUCUCUCCAGGAAGAGACACCAUCAUUGAUGAUGAGAAUGAUGAUGAACAUCUUGAAUACUUGUCCCUGGAUAGCAGACACUCUGGAUUGCAGGCAGGCAUGCACUAUGACCUUGCAAUCAAGAUGUUGUUCAACUACAGCGUGGAGUCUAGAGCAGACGCUAUUCUACAUGAGAUGGAGCGAGAGACUGUGCCCGCCCGCCUGGCUGAUACACACCCUGACAUGCUCACCUGGCAGAAUGGUCACAAGGUGAGGAAACGGCGCCUGCCUCCCCACCAAAACAUUGUGGACAUGUGGGGUUUGUUUGUGGGCCUAGUACCUGAACUCCCUGACGGUGCGGACAACUAUCCUGCAGCCCUCCCCACCCGCAUACACCCCGAUGGGAUUGGUCGGAAUAUGACACUAUUCCUGGUCAUGAAGAGGUACAACACCACCCUGAAUGACUACCUGGCUGUGGUAAGCCUGAGUGUGCGGGAGAGACUGUACCUUCUGGCUCAGAUACUGGAGGGAGUCGCCCACAUGAACCGACACAGUGUGGCCCACAGGGAUAUGAAAAGUGACAACAUUCUGCUUGACACAUUCAAAGAUGGUGAGCCCCAGCUUGUGAUCAGUGAUUUCGGCUGCUGUCUGUCAGAUUGUAGGUUUGGUCUACGUCUUCCAUACACUACUGACCACAUAGAUAGGGGUGGGAACACUGCCCUCAUGGCACCAGAGAUAUCUUGUGCUGAGCCUGGACUAUUUUCUAUACUGGACUACCGAAAAGCUGAUCUGUGGGCAGUAGGUGCCCUGACAUACGAGAUAUUUGGAGCUGAUAACCCCUUUUACAGAGGCCAUCAAGGGAGAUUAGACAGUCGCACCUACACACUCCAGGAGUUACCUCCCUUGCCUGACUGUGUCCCUGAACCUGUGGGUAGACUGUCGCAAAGUAUUCUGGAUAGAAAUCCUGCAAAGAGGCCAACAGCUAGACAAGCAGCAGAUGUCAUUCAGUUGAUGUUAUGGGCCCCCUCUGAUUGGUUGUUACCUGGUAACCAACUAUGUAGGUCGAAUGUCAUGUGGUGGCUGGUUGGCAUGGCAACAGAAGCUCACCUUAGUAACAGGUCAACACUGAAUGACCUUAAGAGAAGUUUCCUGGAAAACAUUGAUACAACAAGAUUGAAAAAUGCUUUUAGCUUUUUUGAGGUUGAUCUUUUAAUAUAGUGCUUUAGAAAAGUUUUAGGCUUGGAUCAAUGUUGAACGAAAAGUGUUUUUAAUAAACAAUCAGUUGAUAAAUGGGAAUGGUCCAUUAAAGUCUUUUGACUUUGGACGUUAAUCUUUUCAACUUGUGCUUUGAGCUAUAUAAUAAUUAUGUGAAAAUCUGACGGUGAUUUUAGCUUUGUGAAUGUGAUAGAGCUUUGUGUUGAAUCAGUUAUAUUCUUCUUUUCUCACUUGAAAACUGUAAUACUUCACAUUAAAACUUGUAUUGGUAUGUUUGUUUGUGAUUUAUCAAGUAGAAUUAGUACCUUUUAAAUAAUAUGUAAACCUUUGUAAUUCCUGGUCUUCAAAAGUUUUAUGCAGAUCUUAUAACUAAUUAUUAAGUUAUUAUUUUUGUUUGAUGAUGUUUCAUUUACAGUUGUUUUUCACUGUUCUUCAAGAUAUUUGUCCUUAAAUAACUCACAAAUCAUUUUUAUACAAAUCCCUUUUUUCUGACCCAGAUUUAGUUCCAAACUAAUGUUAUCAUGAACUUGAUUUAACCUUCAUGCAAUGAUAAAAAGGUUUCAAAUAUCCUUGAUGAUUAAAUAUUUUACUUUUAUUUAUAUUAUUACCCAGACUGAGGUUUCUUUUUGUUUUGCUUUUUGUUAAUUGUUUUCUUUUUUCCAGAAAAUAAAGGUUUAAAUAGA